GCCUGCGUCACCACUGCCUAGAGAUGCAUCAACAUUAAAUCCUGUUUAAUAAAAUAACAAUGGCUGCUAAAGGGGGAUCGAGAGGGUUUUAUUUUAACACUGUGUUGUCCUUGGCUCGGUCAUUGGCUGCUCAUCGGCCGGCUCCGAUUGACAAGGUCCAGAAGCUACAAUGCAUGUGUCCAGUGGAUUUCCGUGUUUUCCAGCUGGACGAGAGGAGAAGAGAUGCUGUGAUAGCACUCGGUAUCUUCCUAGUGGAGUCUGAGCUGCAGCACAAAGAUACUAUUGUGCCAUACCUCCUGGCUUUGCUGAAAGGGCUGCCAAGGGUGCAGUGGAUUGAAGAAAGCUGUGAGAGGAAGGGGAGAGAAACUCUGCCCGUAUCUGAGAACUUCUGCUUUUGCUUGGUAACUAUGCUCUCUGACGUCGCUCAGAGAGACGAGACCUUACGAAUCCAGAUUUUGGAGGCUGUGGUGGACCUCAUGCAAGUCCUUCUUGAAAUGUGCCGCAAGCCUGAGGAUCAAGACAAAGAAUACCUGUGCCGAUACACUCUGCCAUGUUUGCUGGGUGUCGUGCGAGCAUCUGGGCGCUACAGCAACACGGAUGAACCACUGCUGUCGAAGCUGUUCCCGCUGACCACAGCGCAGCCCAUGACCACUUCGGAAGAGCCGGAGUCAGUUAGGCGCCGCUCAUUCAAUGACUUCCGUUCCAUCUUACCAAGUUCGCUGCUUACUGUGUGCCAGAGCGACACAUUGCGGCGCAAAACCAGCAGCGUCUCCAGCAUCUCUCAGCAGGCCAGUCCAGAACGUACAGGAUUGCCUCCGAGCUCUCCCGCUGACCCUUCUGCUCCUUACUUUGAAGCAGGAUCAUACCUCCCUGAUGGAAGUGCUGUAGACCCAGACUACUAUUUUUCCACCACCAGUUCCAGUUUCUCUGUGUCUCCACUCUUCACUGGUAGCAGCACUCAAGGCUUUGACGUGCCGUUGGACAUGCUGAGGCAUCUCCUUCAGAUGAUUGAACAGUUUGUCUCUGAGACAUUUUUGAAGAAGCUUGAUCAAACCAUGGUGGACCUUUUGGAGAGCAAUCCUGGCCAUCAUAUCUUCUACAAAACCUUUAGUGACCCUUUGUAUGUGGCAAUUUUUAAAAUGUUGAGGGACACACUAUACUACAUGAAAGACCUGCAGACAUCCUUUGUAAAGGAAGUGCAUGACUUUGUGCUGGAGCAGUUCAGCAGCAGUCAGUCAGAGCUUCAGCGCAUCCUGCAUGACGUUGAGUCUUUGCACAGUGAGCUGAGCCCGCUAAAGUUACGUUGUCAGGCCAACGCCGCUUGCGUGGACCUCAUGGUGUGGGCUGUCACUGAGGAACAGGGUGCUGAGAAUCUUUGCACCAAGUUGUCUGAGAAGUUGCAGUCAAAGACGUCCAGUAAGGUCAUCAUCGCACACAUGCCUCUGCUGAUCUGCUGCCUGCAGGGUCUUGGGAGGCUGUGUGAGCGCUUCCCGGUGGUGGCGCACUCUGUUACUAUGUCUUUGAGAGACUUUCUGGUGGUGCCGUCUCCUGUUCUGGUCAAGCUCUAUAAGUACCACAGCCAGUAUUCCAGUGGGACUGGUGAGAUUAAGAUCCAUGUGACAAACGAGCAUUCCCAGUCCACCUUCAGUGCCCAUGCAAGUAAGAGAAGCCAGCCGUCCAUGUACGAGCAGCUACGAGAUAUCUCCAUAGACAACAUCUGCAGGUGCUUGAAAGCAGGACUAACUAUGGACUCUGUCAUUGUGGAGGCGUUUCUGGCCAGUUUGUCCAACCGUCUUUACAUCUCCCAGGAAAACGACAAGGAUGCUCAUCUUAUUCCAGAUCACACCAUCCGAGCAUUGGGCCACAUUGCAGUGGCAUUGAGGGACACACCACGUGUGAUGGAACCCAUCCUGCAGAUCCUUCAGCAGAAGUUCUGUCAGCCACCUUCACAGCUCGAUGUGCUGAUCAUUGACCAACUGGGCUGCAUGGUCAUCACUGGCAAUCAAUACAUAUACCAGGAAGUCUGGAACUUGUUUCAGCAAAUAAGUGUGAAAGCCAGCUCGAUGGUGUAUUCCACCAAAGACUACAAGGAUCAUGGAUACAGGCAUUGCUCCCUGGCUGUGAUUAAUGCUCUGGCGAACAUCGCAGCAAACCUGCAGGCUGAUCAGAAGGUGGACGAGUUACUGGUAAACCUGCUGGAGCUGUUCGUUCAGUUGGGCCUAGAGGGCAAGCGUGCUAGUGAGAGAGCCAGUGAGAAAGGCCCAGCACUUAAGGCUUCAAGCAGUGCUGGUAACUUAGGAGUGCUCAUUCCAGUCAUCGCAGUGCUGACCAGACGUUUACCGCCGAUAAAGGAGGCUAAGCCCAGGCUGCAGAAGCUUUUCCGAGAUUUUUGGCUCUAUUCGGUUGUCAUGGGCUUUGCCGUGGAGGGCUCAGGUUUAUGGCCAGAGGAAUGGUACGAGGGUGUGUGUGAAAUUGCCACUAAAUCCCCCUUGCUGACGUUUCCUAGUGGAGAACCUCUGCGCUCAGAACUGCAGUACAACUCGGCUUUGAAGAACGACACAGUUACUCCAGCUGAGUUGAACGAUUUGCGAAGCACCAUCAUUAACUUACUGGAUCCUUCACCUGAAGUAGCUGCUCUUAUUAAUAAGCUGGACUUUGCCAUGUCUACCUACUUGCUUUCAGUGUACCGGCUGGAAUAUAUGAGAAUGCUGCGCUCUCUGGAUUCAGACCGUUUUCAGGUUAUGUUUCGUUAUUUUGAAGAUCGAGCCAUCCAGAAAGACAAAUCUGGAAUGAUGCAGUGUGUAAUUGGGGUUGGUGAAAAGGUCUUUGAUGUCUUCCUUCAAAUGAUGGCAGACAAGCCCAAGACUAAGGCCCAUGAAGAGGAGCUGGAACAACAUGCUCAGUUCCUGUUGGUCAACUUUAAUCACAUCCACAAACGGAUCAGGCGUGUGGCUGACAAAUACCUCUCGUCCCUUGCUGAAGCCUUCCCUCAUCUGUUGUGGAGUGGCCGUGUUUUAAAAACAAUGUUGGACAUUUUGCAGACGCUCUCCCUUUCGCUCAGUGCUGACAUUCACAAAGAUCAGCCAUAUUAUGACAUACCAGAUACUCCUUAUCGUAUCACUGUUCCUGAUACAUAUGAAGCCAGAGAGAGUAUUGUGAAAGACUUUGCGGCACGCUGUGGUGAGAUUUUAAAGGAAGCCAUGAAAUGGGCACCUUCUGUCACUAAAUCCCAUCUUCAGGAAUACCUAAACAAGCACCAGAACUGGGUUUCGGGUCUUAGUCAGCACACAGGCCUUGCUAUGGCUACAGAGAGUAUCCUGCACUUUGCAGGCUACAACCGACAGAGCACAUCUUUGGGGACCAAUCAGCUCACAGAGAGGCCUACAUGUGUUAAGAAGGAUUAUUCUAACUUCAUGGCAUCGCUGAACCUUAGGAAUCGCUAUGCUGGAGAGGUAGCAGGGAUGAUCCACUUUUUAGAGGCAACACAAGGUACCUCAGACCUGAACAAGAUAAUGGUCCGGCUGCUUAAUGAGGCUCUGGAAAGGCAGCAGCCUGAAGAAUUUACUGAGGCUAUGUUCAAAAUGGCAGCACUCCUUAUUACCUCUAAAGACUGCGACCCACAGCUUCUGCAUCACCUGUGCUGGUCCCCCUUAAAAAUGUUUACUGAGAAUGGCAUGGAGACGGCUAUAGCCUGCUGGGAAUGGCUUCUAGCAGCUAGAACUGGCGUGGAAGUCCCGUUUAUGCGUGAGAUGGCAGGUGCCUGGCAGAUGACUGUGGAGCAGAAGAUGGGGCUGUUCUCUGAGGCAGCAGUGGAAGCUGAUCCACUUGCAGCGUCUGAGGAGAGCCAGCCCAAGCCCUGUGCCCCGAACGUCAUCCCUCAUUACAUCUGGAUUGAGUUUCUUGUCCAGCGCUUUGAAAUCGCAAAGUACUGCAGUGCGGACCAGGUGGAGAUUUUCGGCAGCUUGCUGCAGAGGUCUCUCUCUCUUACUGUGGGAGGCUCGAAAAGCAGCCUAAACCGGCACGUGGCAGCUAUUGGACCUCGCUUCAGGUUGCUGACACUCGGUCUUUCACUUCUCCAUUCCGAUGUGGUUAGCAACGCCACCAUCCGCAAUGUGCUUAGAGAGAAAAUCUACUCCACUGCCUUUGAUUACUUCAGCGUGGCAUCGAAAUUCCCUACUCAGGGAGACAAGCGUCUCCGGGAGGACAUCAGUGUCAUGAUCAAGUUCUAUGCCAGCAUCCUCUCGGACAAGAAGUACCUAGCCGCUAGCCAGCUCGUGCCACCUGACAAUCAGGACCCUUCUCUGAACAGCCUGUCGGUGAUGACUGCGACUGACCCCAGGAACACCAUGGACAUGUCAGUGGGCACGCGCCAACAGAAUGCCCAGGGCUGGAUCAACACCUAUCCGCUGUCCAGCGGAAUGUCCACCACUUCUAAAAAAUCGGGAAUAUCAAAGAAGAGUAACAGAGGCACUCAGCUGCACAAGUACUACAUGAAGCGCAGAACUCUGCUACUAGCUUUACUGGCAAGUGAGAUUGAGCGUCUGACCACGUGGUACAAUCCACUGUCCACCCAGGAGCUGGCCAUCUUUACAGAACAGUCUGUAGAGACCAGCAUUGCUAAUUGGAGGUCCAAGUACAUUACUCUGAGUGAGAAACAGUGGAAGGACAAUGUCAACCUGGCCUGGAGUAUCUCUUCCUACCUUGCCUUGCAUCUCCCAGCCAGGUUCAAAAACACAGAGGCCAUUGUGGCUGAAGUAACCCGGCUGGUACGGCUAGACCCUGGUGCAGUCAGUGAUGUCCCAGAGGCAGUCAAGUUCCUGGUGACAUGGCACACUAUUGACGCUGACUCGCCUGAACUGAGCCACAUCUUGUGUUGGGCCCCUGCUGAUCCCCCAACUGGCCUGUCCUAUUUCUCCAGCAUGUACCCUCCUCACCCCCUUACCGCCCAGUACGGAGUCAAAGUGCUGCGUUCUUUCCCACCAGAUGCAAUUCUCUUCUACAUUCCACAAAUUGUACAAGCACUCCGGUAUGACAAGAUGGGGUAUGUGCGUGAGUACAUACUGUGGGCUGCGCAGAAAUCCCAGCUGCUUGCCCAUCAGUUCAUUUGGAACAUGAAGACCAACAUCUACCUGGAUGAGGAGGGUCACCAGAAGGACCCUGACAUUGGCGAGCUGCUGGAGCAGAUGAUGGAGGAGAUUAUAAGCUCUCUGUCUGGCCCAGCUAAAGACUUCUACCAGCGCGAGUUUGACUUCUUCAACAAGAUCACCAAUGUCUCAGCCAUUAUUAAGCCUGUUCCAAAGGGAGAAGAGAGGAAGAGGGCUUGCCUCAAAGCCUUGUCUGAUAUCAAAGUUCAGCCAGGCUGCUACUUACCAAGCAAUCCUGAAGCCAUUGUUCUAGAUAUUGACUACGAGUCAGGAACUCCUAUGCAGAGUGCUGCUAAAGCACCUUAUCUGGCAAAAUUCAAAGUCAAGCGAUGUGGAGUGAGUGAGCUCGAGAAAGAAGGUCUGCGAUGCCUCAGUGAUUCUGUAGAGGAUGGCGAAGAAAACUCUGAAGCUGCCCAGAAGGUCUGCUGGCAAGCUGCCAUUUUUAAAGUAGGAGAUGACUGCAGACAGGACAUGUUGGCUCUGCAGAUCAUCGGGCUGUUUAAGAACAUAUUUGAGCUGGUGGGCCUUGACCUGUUUGUAUUCCCAUACAGAGUUGUGGCUACGGCCCCUGGAUGUGGUGUGAUUGAGUGUAUCCCUGACUGCAAGUCUCGUGAUCAGCUGGGCAGGCAGACCGACUUCGGCAUGUACGACUACUUUAGAAACAAGUAUGGUGACGAAUCAACCCUGGCUUUCCAGAAGGCACGGUAUAAUUUCAUCCGCAGCAUGGCUGCCUACAGUCUGCUCCUCUUCCUGCUGCAGAUCAAAGACCGGCACAAUGGCAACAUCAUGCUGGACAGCAAAGGCCACCUAAUUCACAUUGAUUUUGGCUUUAUGUUCGAGAGCUCUCCGGGCGGGAACCUGGGCUGGGAGCCAGACAUCAAGCUGACUGAUGAGAUGGUGAUGAUCAUGGGGGGCAAAAUGGAGGCCACUCCGUUUAAGUGGUUCAUGGAGAUGUGCGUGCGUGGAUAUCUUGCUGUAAGGCCAUAUAUGGAUGCUGUGGUGUCAUUGGUGACCUUGAUGCUGGAUACUGGCCUUCCAUGCUUUCGAGGACAGACCAUAAAACUGCUAAAGCAGAGGUUCAACCCCAACAUGAGUGAAAAGGAGGCUGCUGCGUUCAUGAUUAAAGUCAUUGAGCGCUGUUUCCUCAGUAGCAGGAGCAAAACCUAUGACAUGCUUCAGUAUUACCAAAACCAGAUCCCAUACUGAUGUCACUACACUUCAUCAUUCUUCACUCCCUAAUUAUCUACACUUCUUAGCUUUUCUCCUUCCUCUGGCAUCAGUGGCCAUAUCAGACCUAAUGUCCAUAUAUAAGGAUGAGCACUUUACCUAAUUCCUACCCCUGUCAUAGAGAAGGUAUUAGCAGACUGAUAAUCGUAGGUUCGUUGUUUCUUGCUGCAGGGCCUCCGUAGACAUCUGCUGUACAAAAUGAUUGUGCAAUGAUUUUUAAUCUCUCUUUAAUGGACUCAUUUUCCUUCUGUUAACAUUCCACUUUGAAUGUUUACAGCCUUUGAAUCUGCUGGACUGGGUAUGAUAUGUUUACUACCAGAAUAGCCAUUGUUGUCACUUUGGCCCAUACAGUACUGUAAUUGCAUGUAUGCGCCUACAGUCUGCUAUUGUGCAGUACAUGUAUCUGUAAAGGUGUUUGUGUUUUAAACGGGAACUGCAGUGGAUUGUUUUAUUAUUCAUUAUUAUUAUUAUUAUUAUUAUUAUUAUUAUUAUUAUAUACUGGUAUUAUCUUAAAGACAUGCGUAUAAUUGGAGUGCUUCUGCAAAUUAUUUUUUGGUAACGCCAUUCUUCGCUUCUCAGAUUUCACAAUUCAGCUUGAUACAUCGAUCCAUAAUUGAUCAGCUUAAUUUUUUUAAAGCGUUUUUUUGUUUUUUUUCCCCCCAGAGUUUAUUCAUCGUGCUGUCUGAUCUGUUCAAUGAUUUUUGUUUCAAGAACUAUUGUAGUAUAUGGAAUGUAAAUGUAAACCCUAUUGCGUGUGUGUGUGUGUGUGUGUGUGUUUGUGUGUGUGUGUGUGUAUAUAUAUAUAUAUAUAUAUAUAUAUAUAUCUGAGAUGUACAUUUGAGAAUAUGAUCAAAGCCUGAAGAAUAAUCUACAAAUGUACUUUAUUGUAAAAUAAUAAUGUUUUCAUUAUUGCAUUAAUUAGAUGCCCACUUUCUGUAUCUUGUGAAGCCAAGCUCUGUUUUUUUUGGUGUGUUUUUUAUGUGCAAUAAACUUCAUGCUAUUGGAGUAGCGAUCGAAUGCUGGUUGGAAAAGUGGAGUUGUGCUGGUAAGCUAUUUUGUGAUGAGCUCAACAGACUAUUGCUUUAUGGUCAAAAUCCAGGUUGGCUUCACACACACACUGCAUGAAAGUGGAAAACAGGGAUUUGCUCAGAUGCAGACUGUCUGCCUGUUUCAACUGAAGUUUAAUAUGCUCCUAUGUCAAAUAAUACAAACGGUUUUGAAAUAA